ACCAUCAUCUUCCCAGCCAUGGAUCUGAAACACUCCAACGUGCCGGAAGUGACGGUCGUGGCCGACGCUUACAUGCCCGGCAGCAAGUCAUCGGACUUGAUCAAACCGCCCGCGACCAACGGUUCGAGUGCGACACUCGACAAGCCCACCCUGCCAGCCGGUGAGUUCCGGGUCUACAAACGGCGCUGGCUGGUGCUGGCCCUCUUCGUGAUGUAUUCCGCCUCGAACGCGCUCCAGUGGAUUCAGUACAGCAUCAUUGCCAACAUCGUGCAGCGAUACUACGACAUUACCAGCACUUGGGUCGACUGGACGUCGAUGAUUUUUAUGAUCCUCUACAUACCGCUCAUCUUCCCGGCCAGCUGGAUUCUGGACAAAAUGGGGCUGCGGAUCGCGGCCAUCAGUGGUGUUCUGGGAACGUGCCUGGGAGCAUGGGUCAAAUGUUUUUCCGUCAGUCCGGAGCUGUUUUGGGUCGGCUUCGUUGGCCAGUCCAUAGUGGCCGCCUCGCAGGUCUUCAUCCUGUCCCUUCCCGCCAAAGUGGCUGCCGUCUGGUUCGGACCGGAUCAGGUGUCGUCCGCCUGUAGCAUCGGCGUAUUCGGGAACCAGCUCGGAAUUGCGGUAGGUUUUCUGGCCCCACCAAUGCUGGUGGAGAAUCAUGACGACAUCAACCUCAUCGGCGACGACUUACGGUUGAUGUUCUACAUCGUGGCCGGCUUCACAACGUUCCUCGUUAUUUUGGUGCUGUUCUUGUUUAAGGCGGCUCCACCGACGCCACCGUCAGCGGCUCAGGAAGCGACGAAAACUCCGAACCCACUGCAAUCGUCCCCAUUUCUGCACUCGAUCAAACGGCUCAUGCUGAACCGGAACUACGUGCUCCUGCUCAUCUCGUACGGCAUGAACGUCGGCGUGUUCUACGCCAUCUCGACGCUCCUCAAUCAGAUCGUCCUUACACACUAUCCCGGCCACGAGGUUGAUGCCGGACGCAUCGGAGUUUGCAUCGUGUUCGCCGGAAUGCUCGGCUCGGUCGCCUGCGGAAUUGUCCUCGAUAAGACGCACCGUUUCAAGGAGACUACGCUGGCCGUUUACGUGUUCACCAUGAUCGGUAUGUGGAUCUACACGUUCACCUUGUCCGUCGGCCACAUUGCCGUGGUGUACGUCACCUCUUCCCUGCUCGGCUUCUUCAUGACCGGUUAUCUGCCGGUUGGGUUCGAAUUUGCGGCCGAGCUGACCUACCCGGAACCGGAAGGCACCUCGACGGGGCUGCUGAAUGCGGCGGCCCAAGUGUUUGGCAUCACCUUCACCAUGCUCUACUCGGAGCUGCUCAACACGAACGGGGACAUCGUCGCCAACGUGACGAUGGCCGUGAUGCUGCUCGUCGGUUCCGCCGUUACCGCCAUCAUCCGGUCGGAUUUGCGUCGCCAGGCGGCACAGAACCCGAACCCCUAA